AGAAUUUCACCGACAUUUAGUUUAGUACCGUUUUUGGCUGCAGUCGCACUACGGACAGUUUAUUCUAAUUGUGUGCUACCAUCCCAUAUAUACAUCCAAACAUACAAAUAUUACUGCUAAAGUUAACAAUAUUAACUACACAUAUUAAAUGCUAUUAUACACGGGCCGAGCAAAGCCAUUUUAAAUGCGGUUUACUGCUCCAUCAUACACACAAAACACAUUAAAAAAUUCAAUUAUAACCAAUUGAAAUCGUAAUCAAGUCCAAAAUAAACUAAAUUAUAUGGUUAUCAACGUUUGAAAUCAAAAUAUAAUAACUAUUUUCUAUGAAAAUCGAGUGUUUCCGAGAAUCGGGAAAAAGUUAAUAAUUCAAUUAAUGUUAACGCCAAAUAAAUAAUCCGACAAGAAAAAGCAAGCGCAUGCAACAAGUUAAAUCCAGCCGACAGUUGUAAACCAAGUUAGAUCCGUACACACAGAUACACCCCAAAUACCAACACCAAUACGAAUGAAUGCCCGGUACACACACACAAAAGCAACAACACCAAUACACCCAGCAGACUAUAACAAUGUCAAGUGAAAACAUUCUCUGGAAGCAACAGGUUUCCCCUUAAUAAGUGUUAUAAAGAAGCAACCAACAGUCAUCACCCAGAACUGUUCGUUUUCGAAAAGAGCAAAAAGAGAGGUAAAAAAGAGAGCUCGACGAGGAGUAAAGAAGAUUAAGUAUAUUAAAGCAAGAGCAAGAGAGGAUUCCGUAAAUCGUAUGAAAAUAAUAGUAUAAGCUAAAAAUAUAAAAGAAGACAGUUUUUAAGUGGGUUAAAAUAGUGUGACUGCAACCAAGUGGAACCGAAUCAAACCAUCAAAACCAUCCCCGAACCGAAAGAUCAACUAAAAGAGUUCUUAGAGCGCGUCCAAAAGCGCCAAUCUCAAGAACCAUGGAAUUCUACGAUGGCGACCUCAAAGAUAUAUGGGACUCCGACUUAGAUCCGGAAUCCUUGAAAAUCAGCCCCGAUCACGAUAUGCACGACUGGCUGUUCGAACGCGACGUCAAAGAUCCCACCGUCAUACUCAACGACAAGCUCAUCUCGGAUGCCCUGCUCAAUGGCACACAGCCGAUCAAGACGGAGCACUCCUACAGCCUCAGCAGCGACGUUGACUCCCUGCCCGAUUCACCAAAAAGCCUGCAGACCAAGAUGGAGGACAUGGACUUUCUUCCCGCCAUUUCACCGAAGACGGCCACCAGCGGGCGCGUGACCAUCGACCCCAAGUGCCUGACCCUCCACGUCCCGCCCACGCAUGCCACGGCGAUCGGCCGCCUGAGCAGCAAUCCCGCCCUGAACAGCUCCGUCGCGGACCUGACGCGAUCCUCCGGCCUGCAGGGCCUGCAUGCGCAGCAUCCUCACCACGGAUCCGGAACACACCACGUGGUGGUGGCCAAUCUGGAGCACUUUCAACUACCUCAGCACCUGUACGACAACGACUGCAGCUCCUCGGUGUCGUCGAUGCGGGACGGCAGCAUGUCGCCGGACAUUUGCUCCGACAUCGAGAUCGACGAGUCGGCCAUCAAGGAUGAGCCCAUGUCGCCGGACUCCAGCUGCCCCGCCAGUCCCACUUCCCAAGCGAGCAGCUCACAGCACCAGCUCAGCCUUAAUCUGGCCCACCUACAGUCGGAGAUGCUAUUCGAGCCGAAGCACGGUGGUCUCCUGCUGACCGCCAGUAGCACCAGCAACAACAGCCUCAUCAAGUCCCAGCAGCGCCAGCAGCAGCUCCUCGGCCAGCGCGAUCUGCUGGUGGCCAAGAUGGAGAUCAAGAGCGAGAAGCAGAACACCAGCAACAGUAGCAGCAGCAGCAGCAGCAGCUCCGGCAAGUCGCAUGCCCAUGGCUAUGGAAUCCCGCUGACGCCGCCCUCAUCCCUGCCCAGCGACGACUCCGAAGGUAACUUGACACCGGAACACUUGUUUUCGCCCCUGUCGCCCAACGCUUCCGUUUCUAUCUCCGUGGCCAAUGCAGCCGGCGGCGAGUCAUCGCCAUCCGUACGGGUCAGCCGCACCGCUGCCGGCAUCACGCGCUCGUCCACCGGCUCCGCAUCAGGAUCCAGUUCCAGCACAACGGCCACCACGACACGGCAGCCGAUCCACACGCCGCUGAUUAGCUCGCAGCCGAAGGGCUCAACUGGGACGCUGUUGCUCACGGAGGAGGAGAAACGCACUUUGCUGGCCGAAGGCUAUCCUAUCCCUCAGAAGCUUCCCCUAACCAAAGCAGAGGAGAAAUCGCUCAAGAAGAUUCGACGCAAAAUCAAGAAUAAAAUCUCUGCUCAGGAGAGUCGCCGCAAGAAAAAGGAGUACAUGGACCAACUGGAGAGGCGCGUGGAGAUCCUUGUCACCGAGAAUCACGACUACAAGAAGCGCCUCGAGGGGCUGGAGGAGACCAAUGCCAAUCUACUUAGUCAGCUGCACAAACUGCAGGCCCUAGUUAGCAAGCACAAUGUGAAAAAGUCCUAAGUCCGGUCCAAAUCCCCGAAUUCGAGGGGUUCUGGAUCCCGGAUCCGUUUCUUGUUUGCCCGCCUUCCCGAGUUAUUUGUAGAUCUAUACGUGUAUGUCUUCAGUCCUUUGUUUCGAUUUUCAAUCAGUCUGGGAGUUUUUCAAGAAUUUAUGCGAUGAUAUGGAAAUUUGAUGAAUUUUUUUGUUCGGCUUUUGGUUAGCACAAAGCGGUAAACAUUCCCCUCCCUCCUGCUCCACCGCACCAUAUAUUCCACAAGGCUAAGCUGCCUAGAUGCCCAUAACUAAAACUGUAUAAUUAAUGUGUAUGUAAUCCUAGCUACUUGUAGGACCUAUAUUAUAUAGAUAUGUAUAUUAGUCAUGCAUUCCUGUUAUAUAAACUUGAUCUAGAGCUUAGGCAAAACGACCAGCUGCAACUACAACCACAAUUACAAUUACAAUUACAAUCGAGAAGCUCAAAAGCAGAAGCCAAUCUAGAAAGCGUCUAAAGAGAAGCUAAAUAAUAAUAUUGUAAUGAAACGAAAUCAACAGACCAAAAACAAAAACAUAAAAAAACAGCAAAGAAUUGAAAAGGUUAACAAAAAAAAUAUACAAAAUAUAGCUGAUCGCGAAUGGGCUCUAAUUAUAUAUCAAAUCCAGAUUGGAGUUGAUCUACGAGCGGCGACAAGUACAUUAUGUUUUAAUAAUGAUUGAAUGAAUGAACGAAAGACUCCCGGAGCCCAAAAUCUCUGUGCUGUCUUUGGCAUGACUCUUGUUCCUUUAAACGAUAUUUCUCAAAAACAAACGAGCUGAAACGAAAGAAAAUACCUAAACAAUUCCAUAAUGUGUAGCUAUGUAGAAGGAUUAUAUAACGAACUAUGUCUAUAUGCAGCAUUUAAGUUUCUCUUCAUCAUCUGUUUGCCAGCAGCCGUCAAAAUGGAGUUUCGAUAGAUGGAAAUUAUACGAAUUUAUAAUGGGUAUCCGUAUCCCCAAUUCGGUUCCGUUCUCCACCUGCCGCGUUGCCUGGCGAUUUAAACCAUUUCCGAGCCAAUUAUGAAAAUGAAUUAUUGUUUGUUAAGUUUUAUAUUAUAAGAAGGCGCUGCACUGACCUAAGGGAUAUAGAGAGCAAAACCCAAUUCAAUCAAAUUUCGCAGCAAUGAUUUUGUUUUUUAUGUUUACAUUUUGAGUUUUACGUUCUAGUGCAAUUUUUUGGCAUAAAUAUUUAUACAGAUAUUUUUGUAUUCUUUCCGAAGCGUUCUGAAUGAGUCAUUCUAGUUUAAAUUAGUUGAAUUUAUAUAAACAAAAUUACUUAAACGAAAAUUUAAGCCUAAAUUGAUGAUUUCUUAUCAAAUCGAUAAUAUCUAUACGAAAUAUUUUAGCUAUUUUUAUGUAUGUCUGUGCAUGUGUGUAUAAAUCAAGCGGACGAAAUUGUGCAAUUGUUAGUAAAAUUUUAAAAGAAAAAUAUUUAGAGAAAAUACGAAAACAAAAAAUUGAAGUUAAAAAAUGGAAAGCUCGUGCAAUGACAAAACUAUUUUAUUAUAAAAUGCGUUAAACAAAUUACAAAAAAAAACUUGAGAAAUACAUUAUGAUAUAUUUAUAUAUACAAGUAUGAAUAAUGUACGACUAUAUACUAUUUUUUGGCUAUAGCAUUUUAAACGCAUAUAUUGUAUGUUUAACGUUGAAAAGGAAAAAACAAAACCAGAAAAUAAAUCCAAAAAAAAUUGUAAAACUUUUAUGAUUGGUUGCUGUAAUUUGGCAAAAGUGAAAGUGCAAUUCCAAAUAAAAUUCAUACAACCAUAACAACAGCA